UCUUUGUUUUCCUAUUUCUUUUUUCACUUUCUCUAACAUACUUUUUCUCUGACGUUUCCCGAUUUUCAUCCCACUCUCCCCGGUGUACCACGACGUGACUGACAAAGAAAAGGAAAAGAACACGAAAAGCAUUUUUGAUUGAGAGCGACUAAUGUAUAAAUAUGUGUAUAUACAUAUGUAUAGAUCAUAAGAGAACUGUCCGUGAUGUGACAUUUUUUCUUCUGUGAUUGGGGCGGCAUACCACUGUCGUGAAAAACGGGAAGAAAUUGAAAGUGAACGGAAGUAAUCACGGAAUGAAAGGAAAGCCGUAAACGUGCGGAUUAAACUAUCACGACGAUAUAUCAGAAAAUAACGUCCAUCGGUUUUUGAGUGUCGUUAAAACGAAAAAAAAAAACGAAUCAGACGAGGGGUCGUCAUAGUUUUUUUUUAUCUCCCCGUCUCAAUCUCUUCUCCCCCGAGCCCUCCUUCAGUUCACCCUCUGUUCACCAACCUCUCUCUCUGUGUCCCCUCUUUCUCUUCCCUCCCUCCCCCCCGUCUCCCGAUGCCUCUUUAUCGCAUUCUCGCUUGCAUGAAAAAUGCCUGCAUUGGUUGAUUUCGUAAAGAGACUAAUUUGAACUUCUUAUUGUUUAUGUUUGUGUUCAUUGCACCAUUUACUUUCUUCGGAUUUGAUGAUGACAAAAAAAAGGGCUGUUUUCCACGUGACAGCUAUCGCCUGCGAGUACGGGCCUCCGACAGAGGGAUGCCAGUCUUGUCCGCAGACGUGGACGUUGAGUUAGACGUCGUAGACAGAAACAAUAAACCACCUGUGUGGGAUCUGAAUGUAUACGGCCCCACUCACAUCAAAGAAAAUGUCACAGUGGGUACUGUAGUGACGUCGGUGAAAGCCAGCUCUGGAAUCGACAAUAAUCCGACGGUCUUUUACCACUUAAUGCCCGGUUCGACGGCGCAGACGAACAAGUUUCAUACGUUUUACCUUCAGCAACGCGCCGAGCAAGCGACAACUUGGGCCGAUAUUAAGGUUAAUCAUCCGCUGGACUAUGAGAGCAUAAAAGAGUACAAUCUCACCAUACGAGUGGAGAAUAAUGGAGCUCAACAACUGGCUUCCGAAGCUACCGUGUACAUCAUGCUGGAGGAUGUUAACGACGAGAUACCGCUGUUCACUGAACGAGAACAGGAAACCGUACUCGAGGGUGAACCGGUGGGCAGCAAAGUCACCCAAGUGAACGCCAUCGACAAGGACGGAACGUUCCCCAAUAAUCAGGUCACAUAUUACGUGGUAAACAGCGACAGGAACGAGGGCAAGGAUUACUUCGAGAUCAACAGGGAAACGGGCGAGAUCUUCACGAAAGUAAUGUUCGAUCGCGAGAAGCAGGGUGCUUACGCCCUCGAGGUAGAGGCCCGAGACGGAGCACCUUCCGCACGACCUAACAGCAACGGCCAACCUAACUCAGGUAGGUGGUACGGAAAAUUUUAUUUAAAAGCUGCUGCUGCUGCCU